UAUAAAACAUAAUUAAUUAAAAUAAGUCACAAUUAUAAAUACAAUUAUGUAUAAUAUAAUUAUAGUACUGUUUAGAGUAAUUUAUAAUUGUUAAUAGUGAUUAAUAACGAUUAGCAAAAAUAUCAUCAGUAUCUGUCACCUGGUUUUUAUUAUUAUUAUGUUUAAUGGUUAAAUGCGAGGUAAACGUAAGCGACAUAAGCCUUGCAGAAUGAAUGCUGGAAUCUGUGGGACUCAUCCCUACACUUAUAAGUGGUGUAAAAUAUAGUCACCUAUCAGAUAUAUGUAUUAAACUAUUUAAAUUUGCGCUAUUACCUUCCUCUUGAUGAUUGGAGGGCUCCAGAGGUCGUGAUUCGAGAAUAUGAUUAUUGAUCAAGUACACCGUGAAAUAAUAUAUUGAUAACUUGAUAAGCAAAUUAUAAAAAAAAUACUCACAGCUAUAUUUGAUUCAUGCAAUAUUUGUAUUAAUGAGGUUAAAAAGUUUUUAACACUCGAAUCCAAAUAAAUACAACACUCAAUACUAAUAUAUUUUCGUUAAAAUGAAAAGUAGUAGAUGUCGCUCAUAGGAUCCGGUGUGGUUAUUUGGCUGGUGCACUGCCAGCCAGAGUGACAAGCAAGCCCAUCAAAGGCCUCUACGUUAAAAGAGAAUUUGGCUAUCUCCUUAGUGACAGACACCAGGGUUAACCUAACCCACAUGGGGCCAUCUCUUGUCUAUACGAAUAAAUCACACAAUAUUUUGUAAAAGACAAACUGUUGACAUAAAUGAUUAAAGUUUAAUUCCAAAACAAUGACUUACUGCAUCCCGAAACACUGUGUGUACUAUGGUAGGCAAAUUUAUCGGGAUAUCUAUAUUUUGUACGCUAUACAUUUGUAACUCUAUAGUCAUAAUAAUAUAAUAUACCAAUACCAAUGUUUAUGCUGCUAUAGACCUAUCAUUUGUACAAUUAUAAAAAACUACAAGUCUUUACUUAUUACAUAUAGGUACCUAUAAUGUUAAUGUUUAGAAUUUACCUCAACGAGUAAAGAGUAAAAAAUUAUAUUCGGUGUACCAGUGUCAUAAUAAUAAGUGUUGAGUUCUGAAUAUGUGUGAUACUGUGAUGGGUGUUUUGCAAUUUUACUAUUUAUAUAGACAUCCCCUUAUAAAUAACAUUUGACAUCUAUUCGUACCUAUUCCGUGUUUCAGUUAUUUUAUCAUCACUUUUUGAAAUAAUACAUGCGAACGCGACAUCCCGUUUUUAGCAGACUUUUUUAAACCAUAAUUUCAUUUUUAAUGUAAUUUUAUCAGUGUUUUAUUUUUAUUUAUAAAGCAUCAACAUAAUAUGAGUUAAGGUAAUUUUUAUAACGGGAAGUAUAGUAAAAUAUUUAAUGUGUGGUAAAAGAGAGUCAUGGUUAAUCGGUUAAUAUGGUAAUACAAUCAUGAAAUAGAUAUUUUAAUAUUUUUGUAUUAUUUUAAUAUUUAUUAGAACUAUUAGAUUAAAACCAACGUGUGCAUAGUAAUAAAAAAAAGAAGGGAUAGAGACAUAUUAAUUUAAUUUGAUUUAUCAGGGCCAUACUAAUAUGGAUUAUUAUAUUUAUAUAUAAAAAGGGGUUCAUUCGACAAAGUUUUUCAGUAAACACUACCUAUAUUAUGCAAUAGCCAUAAUCCCUAGACUAAUUAAAGUAUCUAAUAAUUAUCCAAUAAUAUUAUGGAUUUGUAUAAAGAUAUAGUUUUUGAAGUAUUGUUAGUUUUGCUGAUUGGGGUAUUGGUUAUGGUAACAUCAUCUCUUGAACCUAUUUCUAAAGGUUUUUUUUGUGAUGACGAGACAAUUAAAUAUCCAUAUAAAACAUCAACAGUUGGAAAAACAUUCUUAUGCUUGUUUUAUCUUCUACUACCAAAUGUUUCGAUAAGUUUGAAGUAUUACUGGACUAUGCAUAAAAAUAUAAAAAACCUGUAUGUAAAUAUAAUUUAUUUCUGGUUGGGUUCUGGAUUAGCCCAAAUAACAGUAAACCUGGGAAAAUAUUACUCUGGGCGUUUAAGACCUCACUUUUUUCAUGCGUGUAAGCCAAGUAUUGAAUGUACAUCACAAAAUCAAUACAUUACAGAAUACACAUGCACAAAUCCAGAAGUAUCUAUAUCAAAUGAUUCAAGAGCAUCAUUUCCAUCGGGGCAUGCAUGUUUAGCAUUCUAUUCAACAGUAUACACAAUUUUGUACCUACACAAUUAUAAAAAGAAUGUAGCAUGGGUUAUUAUUCAAUUUGCAAUAUUCACAUCUGCGUGGUAUACAGCUUUAACUAGAGUCACUGAUAAUAUGCAUCAUUCUACAGAUGUAAUAGCUGGUUCAAUUAUUGGUACAUCAUUUGCUAUUUUAAUGAUGUAUGAAGUGAAGAUACGGAUAUCUCUAGAAAACAUAAAUGCAGUCUAAUAUGAAAAUAAUUCAAUAUAAUUUUUUUUCAUUAUCAUAUGUUUACAGCACCAAUGUUAAAUAUUAUUAUUAUGCACUCUGUCAUUGUCAAGUUGAGCUAGUUGUUUAAGAAAUCCAUUGUUAGGUCUUAUAUCUCUUGCUUUUUUUACUUUUUCCACUGCUUCUUUAGCUCUUAAUCCUUUCUUUAUCAUUAAAUAAGCAAUUGUAAUUGUUGCAGAUCUUGAAAUACCCAUUAUGCAAUGAACCAAAACCUUACCUACAAAUAUAGAGUAAAUAAUAUA